CGUAGCUUGUCGCCCUAUAAGACCCAGACCAGGCGUUUAGGAAGCGACCCGGCUGUUGCGGGUGUACCGUGUCCAAACUUUGCGGAAGGAGCUUGCAUAGUAGCUCUCGAUCCACUAGCGAUGAACGCUCCAUAAUUGCAACUUGCUGCCCAAAUACCUCUUGACAGCGCACGCACAAGCGCUUGGACGACAUGGACUGGCUUCGCCAGGUCGACCAGCUGCGCUCCGUGGUGCAAGAAGGAGUCAAGGAGUUCUCGAACGUUGCCUUGAAUGAAGUUCGGACUGGCGUGCAAGCGGUGCAGCAACAAUCGGCUCAGCAGCAGUAUGAUGGUGACGGUUGGCACGGACCUGAUUCGGGACUGGGUGGGAGCCACGACCACACUGCACACGACAGGGCCACCGACGGAGCGGACCCUGGCGCCGGUGCGGCAGGCGCCACAUCGAAAUACGACUCUUUCGUCUCUAGUCAAGCACCCAGCGCAGAGGGGGUUGUUGCAGCGCCACGCGAGGGCGAGAGUUCCAGCGGCGCCAAAGCGGCACGCAUAGUCUCCUCGCCCCUGAACGCGCGUUCCUCCGUCGGCAAGCCGCUGAAGACCACGGGGGCGGCCUCCGUCCUGGCAUCUUCAACAACUGACCCGGGCUCCCCGGUGGCGUCUGCAAAUGGCUCGCUAGCGCGGAAGAGGGACAAGGCCACUCCGGGCGCGGAGGGCGGCGCGGCUGAGGACGCAGCGGCAGCAGGCGGCACGGGCAUGGCCUCUGUGGGCUCGGGCGAGGCGCCCUCGUACGCCUUCAACACGCGCUCCCGCACCGCACGCACGGCGGAGGCGCUGGGCAUGUCGGAUGCGACGCCAGGCGGGGCCAGCAGCUCGGGAUCGGCACCGCCGCCGGCGGGCACCACGCCAGCCAGCGGCAGUAGCACGUCGGGCGCAUCAGGCGCCACGCCGCCGCCGCCGCCGGCGCGUCACACGCGCACGGCCAGUCAGGCCGCGGAGGCCGCGGACUCGUCUGUAGCUGCGGCCAGCCAGUCUGAGGCUGCCAGCAGCGGCGCUGCGGACACAGGGGCAGGCGCCAGUGCGUACCGCUCAGGGGCGGGCGGCGGCAGCGGCAGCGCGGCGUACCCUGCGGCGGCUGCCGGCAGCGGUCGCGGCAGUGGCGGCAGCGGCGGCGGCAGCAGCAGUGCUUCCGCAGGGGCGGGCGCGGCGACCAGCGCGGGGCCCGACACCGAUGCGGACCUGCGGAAGGGGUAUGCCGACAUGAAGAAGGCGUACGAGGACAUGAAGAGUCUGCUGAAGAAGAGCAUGGACGAGUGUGUGCGGUUGUCGGAGGAGGUGGUCAGGGUUGAGGCGACAUCGCGCCAGGUUCAGUCCCAGGCGGCGGAGCAGGCGGCGGCGGCGCGGUCCGCCAAGAAGGACGCGGCCGACGCCGGCGUGGCACUGGCUGCGGCUAAGAAGGAGGCGGCGGCGGCGGAGCGGGAGGCGGCGCGGCUGCGCGGGCUGCUGGAGGCCAAGGAGGCGGUGGAGGACAGCAAGGUGGCCGAGACGGCGGAGCUUGAGGCUGUGCGCACCGAGCUGGCGUCCACGGUGCGCAAGGCCAUGGCGGCGGUGGCGGCCAAGGAGGCGGCGGAGGCACGGGCGGCGGCGGCGGAGGCGGCGCGGCAGGAGGCGGAGGCGGCGCGCAACGAGGCGGACCGCCAGCGCCGCGAGGCCGAGGCCGAGGCCCAGGCGGCGCUGGCGGCGGCCGAGGCGGAGCGCAGCAGCCGCGCCGAGGCGCAGGGCACCAGCGAGGCGCUGCGGCUGGAGAGCGAGCGGCGCGCGCGCGUGUUCAACAACGCCGUCAAGGCGGCGGUGGGCAAGGUGCAGCGCGAGCUGGAGGCGGAGCGGGAUGAGCUGCAGGCUCAGCUGCGCGCGGCGCACCGGAGCCUGGAGGAGGCUCGCGAGGAGAUGCGGCGUGCCCUGGCGGCGGCGGACGAGGCCGCGGCGGAGGCGGAGGCGCGCACGCGGGACGCCGCCAACGCCGGACACCUGGCGGUGGAGGCGGAGGCGCGGGCGGAGCGGGCAGUGGCGCGCGAGGCGGAGGCGGUGGCGGGCGCGCAGGCGGCGGAGGCGGCGCGGCAGCAGCUGCAGGCGGAGCUGGAGCAAGUCAAGUUCGACAAGCAGGAGUCGGACGCGCGUGUGCGGGCGCUGGACACGAGCCUGGCCUCGCUCCGGUCCGACCUGGAGCGGGAGCGGGCGGCGGCGGCGGCCGCCACCGCGGACCUGGAGCGGGAGGUGCGGCGGCAGGCGGAGCGGGCGGAGGCGGCGUCGUCGGCGCUGGCGGGCGCGGAGAAGCAGCUGGAGGGCGUCACCGCGGCGCAGCGCGAGGCUGCUGAGCGGGCGGCGUCCGAGGUGUCGUCCGCCAUGAAGCGGGUGGAGGAGCUGGAGGCGGAGCUGGGGCAGCUGCGCACCAGCCUGGGCGCGGGCGGCGGCAAGGGGGCGCUGGCGGGGCUGUCGCUGUUCCAGCUGCCCACAAAGGAGGACGUGCUGGCGGGUCUGGGCCUGGAGAUGUGGAAGGACGACCGGCUGCGCUGGAAGAGCGAGGACGUGGAGACGCCCACGCCCACCGCACCCCGGCCGCGCCCGCGACCCGCAGCCGACAAGGCCGGCGCUGGCGGCGCCAAGAGCAACGUGGCGGGCCACAUCUCACUGCGCGUGUGGCUCAUUAUUGGCUACCUGCUGGUGCUGCACAUUGCGGUGAUGGUGUCCUUCACGCGCAACGCCCCCGACGUGGCGGCGCUGUGCGCCACCAGCGCCGCCGAGCUCAAGGCGGUGGCCGAGCACAAGGUGCUGCCCUCGCUGUGAGGCAGGGGGGGGGCUGCGGAGGGAGAGGGGCAGCGCGGCCGCCGCGGGCGGGGGUGCAGGAGUGGGGCUAGGGCUCUGGGCCGAGGCAGCGGUGUGGGGGUCCCUGCAAGCAGAGAACAUGUGAUCGGUGCGGUGUCGCGAGCGGGUGGAAUGGACAUAUUGAACCACCGCCGCUAUGCAUUAGGCCGGGGCGCAGUGAUCGCGUUUGCUGUGACAUGCUUUGCCGUACGAGUGGGUGCCGUGUGUGUGUCAGAUGAGCGCACAGGAGUGAGCAGGGCGUGUCUGCGUGUAUGUAUGUUCCCAAGCGCAUAGUAUCAUGGGCUGGAGUGCUCUCUCACGUUUCGCACACCGCGAUCUCUGAACAGCGGACGUCGUAGUGUUCGUGAGCUAGGAUGAAGGGAAUGGUGUGGCCACACGUGACCUCGUGAGCUGAUGGAAGUUGGCCAGGACGGGGAUCGGGGGCAAACAAUGCAUAUGUCACACGCGAGGCUUGUAUGCCGCAGUGAAGCAGGUUAGGCGACUCGCCCCCGGGGGGUAGACCCAGGUAGACCUGAGGCCCGCUUGUCAACAAACUUGCCGCUGUCC